AUGAAUGACCCUGCACUUGUCUUCCCUCAAUCGUUAAAUCCGAAAGUUUAUGUUGCAUAUCGACAACGGUUUUAUAUUCUGGGUGUUUUCUCGUUUCUAGCAUUCAAUCAAUGUGCAUUUUGGUUAACAUUUUCUCCAAUAUCUCCAAGUACUCAAACAUAUUAUGGAAUUCCAUCGGCAACCGUUGAUCUUCUUCUCAACUGGGGUCCAAUUAUCUUCAUUCCAUGUCUUCCCUUCGUAUAUCUUCUGCUAAAUCGCAAAAAUGGCCUCCGAUACACUGUACUUAUUAUCUCGAUCGCCUGCUUUCUUGCCACUUUCCUCCGCAUAAUUCCCUCAUUGGUAACCUCACCAUCGAGUCCACAUUUUAAAUCGAUAUCUUUACCAUUUAUUCACGCUGGUCAAAUAAUCAAUGCCGCAUGUGGCCCACUCGUCAUGGCUCCCGUUUCUCAACUAUCAUGUCUAUGGUUUUCGCCGAACGAACGAACCCGAGCAACAACAAUGGCAAUCAUGGCGAAUAUAUUCGGUGGAACAAUUAGUUUUCUAAUCAAUCCAGGAAUUGUUUCUCAUCCUUCAAAAGUUCCUCAUUUGCUCUAUUUUCAUCUUGGAUUAGCUACUCUUGCUGGACUUCUAGCAAUUAUUCAUUUUCCUUCACAACCUCCAACUCCUCCAUCGGCUGCAAGUGAACUUCUGAUGAAUGAAAACAGUGAAAUAUCGAGUUUAAAAGCGUAUAAAGAUGGGUUUAUACAAUGUAUGACAAAUCUAUCGUUCGUCUUACUUUCAACAGCAGGCGGAGUUCUCAGCGGAACAUUUGCUGUAUGGACAAGCUUAUUUUCAAGUAUUCUCGCUCCUGAACAUUAUUCCGAAANAAAAAUUCUUCAUAAUCACUUGUAA